AUGUCUGAAAAGGGCCAUUUUGCUGUGUAUUCAGCAGAUAAAAAACGUUUCCUUCUUCCAUUAGAAUAUCUUAAAAAUGAAAUCAUAAAACAGCUGUUCAACAUGGCAGAAGAAGAAUUUGGAUUGCAAAACAAGGGGCCUCUCACACUGCCAUGUGACACAGAGCAUAUGGGAUAUGCAUUUGGUUUGAUCAAACAACAGGCUACUAGAGAUGUUGAGAAUGCUUUCUUGACAUCCAUAUCUAGCCAUUAUCUAAAUCUCUUCUUCCAACAUGGAACAAGAAGCAUGAUUAGCCCAAAGAAGCUCAUCAAAAUUGCAAGAAAGUGGCAAAGGAGAACUGCCAUGAGGAGGAAUAGAAUUUCUUUUCCUAAGAUCAGCACCAACAGAAACGCUAAAUCUUCUAAUACAUCAACAUCAACUACUACAGGAAAUUUUGUUAUCUGCACCAGAGAUCAAAAGCGACUUACUGUUCCUCUAGCAUAUCUCAACAAUAACAUCAUGAAAGAGCUAUUGAAGAUGUCUGAAGAAGUGUAUGGGCUAUCAAGUGAAGGUCCUAUCAAAUUGCCAUUUGAUGCUGUGUUCAUGGAGUAUGUGGUUUCAAUCAUCAAAAAGGGUUUAGUUAAAGACAUAGAGAAAGCUUUGCUUAUGUCUAUGGAAGCCAGUUGCUGCUCAACAUCUAUUUGUUUACAUCAAGGACAUACGAGUCAACAACUGCUCAUUUUGCUUAUUGAAGUAGUUCAAUUUUGUAACUGA